AUGUGUUAUUAUUGUCAUACUUUACAAAAUAAUCCUGGGGCUUCGAUGCAUCCAGGUGCUCGAUGUCUUGAUCGUUCAAAUGAUUAUUCACAAGUCCCAAUGAAUCAACGAAUAUAUGAUUGCGGACAGCCAAUAUUUAUUGUUCCAUCUGCUCCUCCAGCUGAAGAAGAACCUAUUAUUAAUCGUAGUCCAAAGAGAAGCAACUUAUUUAGUCGACUCAAGAAGAUAUUUAUUAAAUAA